UUAUUAUUAUUAGUCUCUAUCCAAAGCCAAAUUCACCUCCUUUCCUCUCUCUUUCUCCUCGUCGAUUCCAACGACUCGAAUGGAAUCUUCUUCUCCUAUUCAAGCCCUAAUUGCAAUAAUGUGACCCAAAUCUUUCGUAACAACAGCUCAUGUUCUUAUUAUUUAUAUAGUAACGGUGAUCAUCACUCAUCACUAUUAUCAAAGAAAAACUAUUAACUUUCCCCAUCUAGCUAGCUUCUUGGGGUUCGUUGCUGUCUUAUGCUUUGAGUAUUAUUAUUGAUUGAUGUUAUUUUCUAACAUGGGUUUUCAAAUUUCUGAUGAAUUAUUGGGUACUUUUGCUCCAAUCGUUGUUUACUGGGUUUAUUCGGGACUAUAUAUUCUUUUAGGAUUUUUUGAUAAUUAUAGAUUGCAUACCAAACAAGACGAGGAUGAGAAAAAUUUAGUCUCUAAAUCCACUGUUUUCAAGGGCGUUCUUCUCCAGCAGUCUAUCCAAGCUGUUGUUGCUAUUCUCUUGUUUACGGUAACUGGAAAUGAUUCUCAAGCUGAUACAUAUCCACAGCCUUCCUUAAUUGUUCUAGCAAGACAAUUUGUUACAGCAAUGUUGGUUAUGGAUACUUGGCAGUAUUUCAUGCAUAGAUACAUGCAUCACAACAAAUUUCUGUAUAAGCAUAUUCAUUCUCAACAUCAUCGGCUUGUUGUCCCAUAUGCAUUUGGGGCUCUAUACAAUCAUCCACUAGAGGGGCUUCUGCUUGACACAAUCGGUGGGGCUUUAUCUUUUCUCAUGUCAGGCAUGUCUCCUAGAUCCUCCAUUUUCUUUUUCUCCUUUGCUACCAUUAAAACAGUGGAUGACCAUUGUGGGUUAUGGCUUCCUGGGAAUCUCUUCCACGUGUUCUUUAAAAACAAUACUGCUUACCAUGAUGUUCAUCAUCAACUGUACGGUAGCAAAUACAACUUUUCACAGCCAUUCUUUGUUAUGUGGGAUAGAAUCCUUGGAACUUAUAUGCCUUAUUCACUUGAGAAGAAAGAAGGCGGUGGCUUUGAAGUACGACCUACUAAAGAGUGCAAAGACGAUUAGAUGUUGCCUGAUGAAGGCACACUGUUGCAACAAUGUAUCACCACUAUUUUUUUCCCUGUAUUAAUUAACUUUACUUUCGUGGUUUGUAUAUACAUAAGUUGUUGUGCUUUAUUCGUUCUUUGUUUAUAUCUUUAACAUGAAAGAGGAUGUAUCCAUAUAAAUUUUGGCAGUGGAUUAUGUUUCUACUGUUUUAUAUAAAUCGAGCUCUUACGGUGGAUUGUUUGGCAUA